ACCAUGUUUCGUUUUCUGUGCACAACAAACCAUCUCUCCCGUGACUAAAUUUAAACCAGAAAGGAACACUGGUACGAAAAAAAAGGGGGGAACUACGAUAAAUUAACCUGUGAAUACCAACUUGUACACCUGAGAUAGAAGAGAAAGGAGAGAGAGACAGAGGAAUUAGAGGAAAACGAGACUCGAGACACCCAGAGACAGUGCCAUAGUGCCAGAGGGCGUGUGUUAGUGGCACUCUGUAUACCCAGCAGUGCCAGUGACUCUUAGCCUUCCCCGUGAUGAGGUGUCGACCCCCACCAGUGCCAGGAAGUGCCAAGGAGAGUGCCAGUGUGCUAACUACUUCUCUCAACGCGACACAACUCGCCCAGUGGCUCUGAGUGGAUUACCUGAAGGAGGCGGCGAAGGAGGGGUGAAGGAGGGGUGAGGAAGUACCAUGGGGUGACACUUCCUUACUUUCUGGUCGCCGCUGUGCUUGAGGUGCGGUAGGCAGUGAUGUGGUGGUGAUGUGGUGGUGAGAUCGGGUUCUGAGGUGGUGAGUAAUAAAACGGAGAAUGGAAUCGUAGCACGAAAUAAAAAGAGAAACGAAAGAAAGAAAAGGAAAGAAAAAAUAAAUAAAUAAAAAAAAUUGAAGCGUGAAGCACUGAAGCCAAAAGUAAUAUGCAGCACACAGCAAUGCAGCGUCACCAGAUCGAGGGGACUCUGGGAAGCUGAGUGAAUCCCGCCCUGGUUGGGAAGACCUGGGAGGGAGGCGCUGGAAUGAAACACUGAGGGGAUAUAGUCGUUUAAUUCCUGUGUCAUAUGUGGUGAUGCAGUGAAGCAGUACAGUGAAGGAACGGAAAACCAACUUGUAACUACCUGGUCGUGUGUAUCUCGCUGCGUGUACCUGGCGACGUAGUGUACCUGGCUGUAUACCUGUCCGUGCGUACCUGGGGUUUGAUGAGGCGUCACUCUGGGCAUUGAGGCAGCAUCCAUCACUACCAGCCUGCCUGUCGAGUCACCCCCGCCAUGCCCCCGCCCGGUGGUCUGCAUUGGGCGGCGUCGUGGAGGCUGUGGGCGGUGGUGAUGCUGGGCGUGGGGCUGGCGACGGGCGAGAUCAGGAUGAUGCGGGAGUCCAUGGUAGUCAACACAAACUCAGGUCCAGUGCGAGGCGUCCACGUGAAGCCCAACAACCGGUAUCUGAAACCCGUUGUCUUGUUCCUCGGGGUGCCUUACGCCGCGCCGCCAGUCGGGGCUCUUAGAUUCAUGCCCCCGAAGAGUGCCCUGAAGUGGUCUGAGGAGAGGAACGCGGCGAGCCUCCCUCCAGUGUGCCCGCAGAAGCUCCCCGACGUGACCAACAAGGCAGAGGCGCUGAAGAGGAUGUCAGAGGGACGCUACAAUUACCUGCAGCGCCUCAUUCCGUUGCUCCUGAACCAAAGCGAGGACUGUCUCUACCUCAACAUUUACACGCCGGUCAGAGGUGAGGCUGCGGGAGCUGGGGCGGGCUGGGAGGGUUAGUGGGGCGCCAAAACAGUAGUGAGAGUAGUUGAAAGGAUGACUGACACUAGUAAGAGUUAGGGAAUA